AUGAGGUGUUUGAUUGUAGAAGUUGUUGGCUGUUAUGCUGUUCUCACGUCUCUUCUCGCGUUAGAGGAAAACAAGUUUUGCGCUGAUUGUCACGCCAAAGGUCCCAGAUGGGCAUCCUGGAAUCUUGGAAUCUUCAUUUGUAUCCGCUGUGCGGGAAUCCAUCGGAACCUUGGCGUGCACAUAUCACGAGUUAAAUCUGUAAACCUGGACCAGUGGACUCAUGAGCAGAUACAGUCUGUUCAGGAGAUGGGGAAUGUCAAAGCUCGGCGACUAUACGAGGCCUUUUUACCAGAGUGCUUCCAGCGCCCAGAGACAGACCAAGCUGCUGAGGUUUUUAUCCGUGACAAAUAUGAUAAGAAGAAAUAUAUGGAUAAAUGCAUUGACAUCCAGUCCUUCAGGAAAGAAAAGAGUGAGACAGUGACGAAAGAGGCUCCUGUUGUUUUUGAAAAGAUGAAGCUGAAAAAAGAUGAGUCACAACAAUUCAAAAACAGUCCAAAGCAGUCACAGUCAGUUAAUGACUUACUAGGACUAGAUACCCCUGCUCCUCAAGCUUCCGUGUCCAAUGGCAAACCAAGCACUGAACUCAGUCCUGCCCUCGACCUCUUUAGCUCUCUGCCUGCUGCCGUCAGCAGCUCAAACUCCUCCAGGAGCACGCCUAGCUCAGGGUCCAUGCCCACUGGACGGGUAGCAGCAUCAAUGCCAGAAAACCUCAGCCUGUUCCUGGAUCCUCCCUCCAAAAGUGAGGACAGCGGAAAAAAGCUUUCUAAGGACUCAAUCUUGUCCCUGUAUAGCAGUACAGCACCACAAACAAACAUGGCUGCUCAUGCUGGGAUGUACAUGGGAGCAACCCAGAUGGGCUAUGUCCCUGCUGCAGGAUAUGGCCAAUACCAGGCCCUGGGUGCCCAGCAGGGCAUGAUGGGGCCUAUGAUGGCACCACAGAUGAACAUACUGGGACAUACUGCUCCUCCGUACAUGGCAGGGGUGCAGGGGGGCGUAAUAGGAAUGCAGAAUGGGAUGAUGGGAAGCUUGGCAGCAGUUCCUCAGCAGGCAUAUGGAGCACAGCAGGCCCAACAGCUGCAGUGGAACAUCAGCCAGGUAACAAGCACUGAAAUCACAAUUACCAUGCUGACUUGAAACAGCAAAUAUUUU